AACAGAACAUAUAAUUAUUUAUAACCUAGUUUAAUUUCAUAAAAAAGUACAUAAGUUUAUAUAUUUUCCGUUGAUGACAAGCUAUUUCUAAAACUCACAAACCACCGUGUGUGGAACAGUAACUUCAAGAAUCGCCGAUAAAUUCUCUGUUACAGCAGUGUAUAUCUCCUCACAGAACAUUUAAAUAGUUUUGUAGAGGUGUCUGCAUCGUAUUAGUGUAUGGAAUUUUGUAAAUUACAUGUCGCAUAUAUUGUACAACGGAAUAAACAACAUAAACAACAAAGGGUGUUAAGAACCAUUUUUAUGAAACGAUAUUGUUUGAAUGACAUUUAUAUAUAUGUAGGAAUAGAUUAUAUCAUACUUGAUAAAGUUACUUGUCAGAUUCUGGUAGAGAACGUGGAACAAAUGGUAGUACAUGUCCUAUUAUUGCUAGCAAAAAGCCAUGCUGCCGUUAAGAAAACAACUGGAAAUCCUAAAUAAAAGUUUAUUGUAAACUACAUAUGAAAUGGACCAUUUAUUCAAUUCUUCGUUUUUCAAAAGCUAUUUGGGUAAAAUGAAAUCUCCGUGUACAUCGGAUACGUCUUUGACGGGACUAAAAUCAAACAGUUCCAAUGAAUCAUAUGUUUCAAAUUGCACUACGCCGGCGUUGGAUGAUUUUUUCGAUUUCGAUUUUCCAGAUCGAUUUAAUUAUGAGAAACCCACAGUUUAUACAGUUGGACUGAAUCUAUUCUCUUAUCUAACACCAUUUAUACUUAUUAUAGGCCUUGUAGGAAACGGCCUUUCGGCGGCAGUAUUUAGCACAAAGAAUAUGCGGAAAAUGUCUGCAAGUUCUUAUCUUUCGGCUUUAUCAGCAGCAGAUAUAUGUACUCUGAUAUUCUACGUGUUUAUUGAAUGGUUACGAAGAGGACUUAUUCACAUCAACCCGGAUGCCCAAAUAAUACUGCGAAUUUUGAAUAAGAAUGGGCCGUGUCAAAUACUUUUGUUUUUCUCAUAUUUAUCUCGAGUCAUGUCAACUUGGAUUAUUGUGAUAUUCACCAUCGAAAGAUUUACCGGAGUGUGCUACCCUCUUAAAUCGUUUAAAGGAAAAUCUAGAAAGAUCUUAAUCGGAAUGCUGGUUGUUGGUGGAAUACUUGUGUCAUAUAAACCUAUUCUUAGCAGUGAGAACAUCCAAAAAGGACAUAUCACAUGCACCUCUAAUUCACUGUACAGCUUUGAGUCAUUUGUGUUAGAUUCAAUUUUUGCUUUACUGAUAACACUUGUUCCUUUUAUUAUUAUAACAAUACUGAAUUUAUUAAUUAUGCGAACCUUAUACCUAAGAAACCAUCGUCAUAAUGACCUCUUUGCUGAAACAACUAAAAUACGACUAGAGUUUACGUUGAUAUUACUGGCGAUUUCAUUCUUUUUCAUUGCAUUUAAUCUGCCUUAUUCCGCAGUCUGGUUCAGACAUUUUUUAUCAUCGAGAUUUUUGCACUCUGACGCCAGUGAUUUUAAUCAUGGCGAUAUUGACUAUUGGAACGGUGUGCUUAAUGUUACUAGAACAGUGUUCUAUUUAAACUAUUGUGUAAAUUUCUUUUUGUACAGUAUCACUGGUGCAUAUUUCAGAAAUGAACUAGCAUUUAUGUUGCGUUUCAGAAAAAGAAAGCGUCGGAUGUAUAAGUCACACAUCCGAUGUAGUCGAUUUGGCAGCUCAAAUCAUUCUGGAACCAUAGCUACGUACGUUGCAUAAGCUACAGUUGUAUAUAUCCUUGUGUUUUUGUUGAAAA